AUGUCCAAAAAUAGCAUAGUAGAAGACAUUGACGACGACAAAAUAGCAAAGACACAAACCAAUGCUGUCAAUGGCUUGACAAAAAUUACUUCAUCAACUGCCACAUCAACGUUAUCUACCCCUAACACGCAACAUGACUCAAUCUUCCACUAUCUCAACAUACUAUCAAAGAAAUUAGAUUCGUUAGGGGUCGAAACACGAGGACUAGAACGCGUUUUGCCUUAUGAAAGAUCUUGCAACAAAACAGCUCAAUUUAUAAGUGUACUAGGACUAUGGUUUUCAGCAUGUGGAGGCCUCACAUCAAUGUCGUCCUUUUUUCUAGGGCCAUUGACAUUCGAACUUGGAUUGCGCAACACAUUAAUUGCAGGAAUUAUUGGACAAGGUCUUGGUUGUGUAUUGGCGGCGUAUUGUUCAAUGAUGGGACCAAGAUCAGGAUGUCGACAAAUUGUUAGUGCUCGGUUUCUUUUUGGGUGGUGGUUUGUGAAACUAGUGGCAUUAGUUUGUAUUAUUGGUGUGUUGGGAUGGUCAGUUGUUAACUGUGUUGUUGGUGGACAAAUCUUGGCUAGUAUAAGUGAUGAUAAAGUUCCAUUAUGGGCGGGGAUCGUUAUUAUUGCUGGGGUUACGCUUCUUGUUGCCGUUGGCGGGAUUAAACAGUUGUUGAGAGUGGAAACAUUUCUCAGCGUUCCUGUCAAUCUUUCAUUUUUGUUGUUGUAUAUUGUUGCUUCACAGAAGUUCCAGCACUUGACUUUAGGAGAUGCUAUAGUGGAUUCAGCAACCAUCAAAGGUAACUGGUUGAGUUUUUUCUCCCUAUGUUAUUCAAUAACGUCAACUUGGGGUGGAAUCGCAUCCGAUUACUACAUCUUAUUUCCAGAGUCUACUCCCGAUUACCAAGUGUUUACAGUCACAUUCUUGGGAACAUUUUUGCCGACAACUUUUGUUGGUAUUAUUGGUUUACUUAUUGGUAAUGUUGCUCUUGGAUACAAGCCAUGGGGUGACGCAUAUGCGAAAUGGGGCAUGGGCGGAUUAUUAAAUGAAGCUUUCAAACCAUGGGGUGGUGGUGGCAAGUUUUUACUUGUAAUUAUGUUUCUUUCUUUGAUUUCAAACAAUAUUCUUAAUACAUACUCGGCAGCAUUUGAUAUACAGAUGGCUGGUGGUUGGUUAGCAAAAAUUCCGCGGUGGUUUUGGGCAAUCGUGGUAACUGCAAUUUACUUAGUGGCUGCAUUGGUUGGAAGAAAUGAGUUUUCAACAAUCUUGGGUAAUUUCUUACCCAUGAUUGGGUACUGGAUUUCUAUGUAUUUCAUAUUAUUGUUGGAAGAGAAUACCAUUUUUAGGACAAACAGAUUCCACCACUUAUAUGAAUUGGAAUUUGCCGAGGAUGGAUCGUAUGAUGCACCAUCAUCGGUGGAGGACAGCUCUAAUGAACCCCUCAACAUGAAACAGUCUACUUCUCAUCAUUACAAUUUCAAAAUAUGGAACGACUAUGAUAAGCUAACUCACGGAUGGGCAGCUGCUGCAUCGUUUGUAAUUGGCGCUACUGGUGCUGCUGUUGGCAUGUCGCAAACUUAUUGGGUUGGUCCGGUUGCGCGUAGAAUUGGUGGUGAGUAUGGUGGUGAUAUUGCCAUGUGGUUGUGUAUGGGAUUUAGCGGCAUUGUUUACCCAGGGUUACGGUAUGCUGAGUUGAAAUAUUGCAAGAGGUAA